AUGAUUAAUGAUCUCCAAAUAAUGGCAGAUACUUAAAAUUUAUAUGAUUUAUAUCCAACAAAUAACUCAUGUCAAAUAGAAGAACUUAUGGAGGAAUAAUCACAAAACAAAAGACACUAUGUAAGUUCAUUAUGUUUCUAAUUAAAAAAGUACUAUAAAUAGAAAUCAUUAACUUUAGAAAAAUCAAACGACAGCAGAAUCGGCCAAGUGUAUUGAAGAUAGAAGAUAGUGGAAGAAAUGUUAAAAUAUAUUAGAAUACUCCAAGUUAAAAUAAUCUAGAGAGAAUGGAAAAUGAAGCACAAUGA